AUGUCCUCCACGCAAAACUUUCUAGAUGUCAUCUCCAACAGAAGAACCAUCUACGACUUGAAGCCAGAGCUACCCAAUGGAGCCCCCGUCGGCACAAUCCAGCACGUCGUCCACACCAUUGUCAAGGAAACGCCAACCGCUUUCAACUCUCAGGUGAACCGUGCAGUCAUCCUAUUGGGCGACGCCCACAAGAAGGUCUGGGAACACGUUGCCGCCGCGAUGCCCACACCAAACGCCAAGGCGAGACCAUUGGCCUGCCAGAACGAGGCCUACGGGUGUGUCGUCUUCCUCACUGACGACAAGACCACCGCGGACCUACAGGCGCAAUUCCCUUCCUUUGCGGGCGCCUUCCCAUCCCACGCGGACACUUCCUCCGGUGCCGUCCAGAUCGAGGCUUGGGCCGCCCUAGAGUCCCUCGGUUGCGGUUGCAACCUGCAACAUUACAACGCCCUUGUCAGAGAGGCUUUGCCCGCAGACGUCCCCAAGGGCUGGUCCGUACAUUCGCAGUUGGUAUUCGGGUUGCCCGUAAAAGCCGCCCCCGCCAAGACCUACAUCGACAAUGAGGUCAGGAUCUACACAUAA